CCACUCCUUCCUCCAGAAAACUCAGCAGCGCAGCUAAACAGCAGUGCUCCAGUUGAAGAUGCCAAUUCCACAUUACAGUUCUGAAAACUCACUCUGAUGUGACAUUCAGAAGUCACGCGCCUUUCCACUUCUGCUUACGCCACUACAGACAUUAACCGCUACAGGAUGAAUAGCUGAACUGUACUCUGGAUCGGGAGCUCUGUCUGAGUGGAGUUCUAAGACGCACAUUUUGCCAACUCCGUUCAACCAGAUUCACGAAACGGCUGAAGUGCACGAUCCCAGGUGUGACAUUCUGCACGUGAUCUCAAGCAGCAUAAUAGCGAAAGAACUACUUCAUCAACAAGAUAAAUUAUGUUCAGAAUCAAGUGAAAUGAUAUGCUCUCUCUUUCCCCCAGGUUUUUCUUUAUCUGGCUUGCGCUUCUUGUGAAUUUCAUUACCAUUUCACAAGGUCUUGCUGCUGUGAGUCCCGCUGAGGGCUGGGGUGGUGUUUAUGAGGACCUGGAGUGGAAGAUUCAGCUAUGCUGUGAGCUGCCCUUAGCUCAGAGAGUGGGCAGUAAGCUUACUGCUGUUUCCAGUGGUCUUUCCGAACUCUCACCCACAGACCAGUGUCAACUGCAAAAUGCUACAAACCAAGAAUCUUCUAUUAAAUUGCAAACCCUUUCUGGAAACUGUUUAGUCAUCCUGUGCUGGCUUGAAGGUGAUCAGGCAAAUUUAAUUUGUAAUGCAAAGAGCCAUAGAGCAGCAGUUCCAGUCAGUGACAGUCUGGCCACUGGCAGCCCACAACAGUUAUUUUUAGAGAUGGGCUUACUCUUAAAUGAAACAAACUAUGCUGCCAAGUGUGCAGGGGAAAAUACUGCCACAUGCUCCAUUUCUCUUCAUGGCAACGAUGAAACCGUGUCGCUGGUCAUCAGCAUAUCAGUGAAUGGGACAUCUGCACUGUCUCCAAAGAUGCUAAUUAACACAUAUCAUCUACGAAAACCAGAUUCGCCAGUCAACCUGUAUUACAAUGUAACAACUGAGGGUGAAGUGAUAUUUGGAUGGAAUGGAACACAAACUGAAAUUGACACAAUCAGCUAUGAGGUCCGAUACUCAUCCAACUCUUCACUUCAUCACUGGGAGGUGCUGAAAGUCACAGGUCGUUCAUGGGUGCCUCUGAAUGAGCUCAGUUCUGGGAUCAGAUACAUGGUUCAAGUGCGUUGCCUAAACCAAUUUAACCACUGGAGUAAAUGGAGCCAAACUUUCUCUUUCACACUGGAUGUUAGUUACAUUCCUGCUGAGGUUUUUACCAUACCUGGGUCAGAAGUAACUGUUUACGCCAUCUUCCACAACCGCAGUUUGAGUGCCAGCAAUGCUGUGUGGAUGCUUAAUGGCCAGGUGGAGAUUCCGGAAAGCCAGUACAAGGUCAUCAAUGAGCAGGUUAGCGCAGUCACGCUGAAGGCGGACCAGCCAGGGUUUCAUACUUUGAUGUGCUGCUACUCGUUAGGAAAGGGGAUCAAAGGCAGCAUUGCAUAUGCCAAAAUUUACACAGAAGGGAUGUUUAAUGCAAAUAUUACUUGCCAGAGCAAGAAUUCAAAGGUUGACACCAUGACUUGUGAAUGGAAUAAGAGUCCUUGGGCAAUGGUCAGAUUCCUUUACAGACAAUAUAAAUCAAUGUGUGAGGAUAUAGCAAAUAUGGAGUACACUGAAGAUGGUGAAGAGUCCAUGUCUUUGGUAAAGGAAGGUGUUGGACCAGGAGACCACAGAGAGUGCACUUUAAACAACCUUAGCCUGUUCUCAUGCUACAAAAUGUGGGUGGAGGUGGAAGGUGGGCAUGGAAAAGUGAAGUCAUUUCCUGUCUAUGUUGCACCCUAUGACUAUGUGAAACCAUCUCCUCCCUCAGACUUGGAAGCAAUCACUUUACCCAAUAAAACUCUAAGUGUAUGGUGGAAACGCCCCUCUUUACCAGUUUAUGACAUGCAGUAUGAGCUGCGCUUCGUGGCUUUGCGUGGGAAGGCUGAAAUGCAAUGGGAGGCUGUUGGUCCUCUUUUAGAACCGCGAGCAGAGAUUCUGCUUGAGCAGUCCUGUGUUCAGUAUAAGGUACAAGUGCGCUGUAGAAGACUGAAUGGCUCUGGAUACUGGAGUGAGUGGAGCAAGAGUCACACUUCAACUGUUUACAACAGAAAAGCACCAGAGAUGGGACCAGACUUCUGGCGCAUUAUUCAAGAGGAUCCUGUAAGGAAUGUGAUGAAUGUCACAUUGAUCUUCAAGCCUGUCCCAGCAGAUCCAGAUAGUUGUGUGGAGGAACUUGUGAUUUUGCACCAAGCCUCAGGGGGAGCCAUGUGGUUAAAUGAAACACCUUUAGCUUCAUUUCACUCAUUCCAGUGGAGGGAAGAUGUACACACAGUUACUGUAAUGUCUCGCAAUGCUCUGGGCAUCUCUACACGGAACAGCAACAUGACACUGUUGCAUCAACCAACACGACAAUGUGUACAUUCAUUCAGUGCUGUGGCAAAUGUCAGCUGUGUUUAUCUCUCCUGGACCCUGUUAUCUGAUCAACCAGUGCCUCAGACAUUUGUCAUAGAGUGGUUAGACCUGAACAAAGACUCUGAACAGGACAGGUCUUUAACUGAAAGAUUACAAUGGCUCAGAGUGCAGUCUACCUCAAGGGAUCUCUCCCUUUGCAGACGGUUUUAUGGCUCAGAGGAGUUCACCUUGUAUCCAGUGUUUGAGGAUGGUGAGUCGGAGCCGGCACGAUGCACAGCUACCAGAGGAGACCCUGCAGCAUACAUGCUCCUAAUCAUCAUUGCUUUCCUGUCAGUAGUGCUGUUUGUCAUUCUGAUGAUCUCCCAAAACCAAAUGAGAAAGCGAAUGUGGAAGGAUGUUCCCAAUCCCAACAAAUGCUCUUGGGCAAAAGGAAUAGACUUCAGACAGAUUGACACAAUAGAGAACUUGUUCCCUCACCCAGAAGGUCUCACUGCCUGUCCACUGCUACUAGUCUCUGAGAGCACCUGUGAGGUGGGGAUCAUUGAGAAACCUCUUCCAGUUACACUUGAACAUAAAAAAGACAAAGAAGUUCUCCUUUACAACUCUGAAGACAUCGAAAGGACAAUCACCAUCUCUCCUCUUCUGGGGGACUCCUCAGAACCUCUAUCUCUGGAGGCCUCCAGUUCUGAUGCUACCCCAGAAACAUCAGGCCAGUCUUCAGUGGCGUACUCAACCAUUCUCCUCUCUGAUAAGCCUGGGCUUCUUCGAAAGCAGCAAGAGAGUCUAAGUGGUUCUAGCGAUGAAGGAAACUUCUCUGCCAACAACUCAGACAUUUCUGGCUCCUUUCCUGGAGGCCUCUGGGACCGGGAGAACCAUGUUGGCUCUGACAGCUCCAAUCCUCGCCAUUCCAGCUCUUACAACUCUGUAGAAGAGUUCUCGGAAACAUCAGAACAAGAGUAUGAAGCCUCAGAAAGCACAGGUGUAGCCAAAGACCUCAACUACCUUGGUAUGAAUGAAGAGGGGAAGGACGUGGAGAAAAAGGAAAAUGAAGAGACAGAGUUGAGUGAAAUAGUUAUGGGGGUGGAUUCAAGGCCACUUUUGGAGCACAAAAAUUCCAAGGCCAGUGAUUCGAAUGGUGCAUCUCAUAGUAUUCCUUACCUGCCUCAGUUUCGAACUGAAUGCAUUAAUCCACCCUGAUACCAUGAGAAAAGCUCCCCUGGGUGGUAAUAUAGGAUCAUGUUCUUGCUCUCUGAAUGGAGGUAGAAUACUGUAUGCAGAUGCCUCCGUUACUUUCCGCACUCAAACUGUAGCUGUCUACAGUCUUCAUCUACCAUCUUGCCCUGAACUUUUCAUGCAUUCUGGAGAAAACAGCCAAACCAUUAAUUUCAUGAGUCUCCCUCUGCCAACCCAGUGUUAUAUACCCUGUUUCAAAUGACUUUUAUGAUCAAUUUGACUCACUCCUAAUUUAUUAUACCCUUUUAAAGGCCCCGAUAUACUUCAUACGAAAUCAAAGAACAAGCAGGUGUGACGUUGUUUAGAACAAAUUCUGGCCAAAAUGUGCUUUUGCGUUCAUUUCUAUGGUUUGUAAACGGCUCGCCUAGGCGAACUUUUAGGAAAACUUCUAACCUGCUGCUAAACACCUUCUUACUGACAUUGGUCCAUGUCAUCAGUAGGUGUGACCUUAAGCUCCACCUACUUUGAGGCCAACAGCUAAUUCCGUUUAUGUUGUUCCAUCAGACAUAAUCAGUCAACAUGAACACACCGGUGUGCAGAUUUAUUAGCAAGCUGAUGCAAAAUGUACCUACAUGUGUGUGAUCUUUCGCAUAGGGACAUUUUCCAAGACCAUGUCAUGCAAUUUUUUGUUUUGCUUAAGGAUUCUACAAAAGGAAUCAAAUCUACUCUCUCUCAAGUGCUCAUUCACUGAUGUGCCAUCUGCAGCCGAAAGUCAUUCACACAUAUGCCCAUAUAAGAUGUGCCAAUCAUCAUUCUUUUGUCUGUAUUCUGCAUAUUAACACUCUUUACAAAUCCAUCUUUGCAUUAGUAUCAGUGUCAUCAUAAAUCAAAAUUUAUGUAAUUAUGAACGUUUAAUCUGCGCAUAUUGUGUUAGCUCAAAGCUUCCGUGCAUUCAGAAUGUAAACAAGACAUAUUACACAUUUUCUACUGCAUAUAUAUUACUUUAAAUCAUCAUUGAGUGGUUAAAUCGGCUUCUUUUACUGAUCUCAUGUGAAAUCUACUGCUAUAAUGUGCCAUAAAGUCAUUGAUAACACAUUUAAAUGUCUCAUUAGUUAAGGUUUUACUGUACAUUUACUGUCCUCAUAUUUAAAUGCUUCUCUAAACACCUCCUACAGUUGUUUGGGGGUGUCAGAUUGUAUGCAAAAAGUAUAAUGUUGCUCAGCUGAAGAACAUUUCCGGAAGUAAAUUGGGACCUUUAGGGUUUCAUUUGUUAAGGGCAUCCAAGCACAGUUAAACUUUGAAUGUGAUGUUUUGAUCAGCCUGUCAUUAAUGAAACUUGCUGAUUUCCAUCCUUUUAUAUUCUUUAUAUAUCUUUCAUAAGCAUUUGAAGGCUGAAAUAAAAUCUUGCACUGACCGCACUUACUGGAAUGAAGUGCUUUAACAAGAAGAGUUUGAAGAAGGACUUUCUUUAUUUCUCCCAGUGUGGCACUGAGUACACUGGUUAAGGUCAUGGUUUAGUGGCUGUUAGCACACUAUAUGUGCUUCAUAAACUACAGUUUAAAGUCCACUUUCAGAGGCGUCCAUUAAAAUAUCUACUUAGUGAAGAAAUAGCCUCUCAUGUCUACAUUUGCAUUAACUAUUCAAUAUGAAUGUACUGUAUAUUUUGUCAGUGAGGUCUGUGUUCUUUGAAAACUCAAAUAUUUUGAGUAUAAAAUCUCAUCUAUUUCAGUGUCUAUUUUUUAUAAAAUGAGGAUUGAAUGUAAAUUUCAGUUAAUAAAAUUGGUCCUAUAUGUUGCAGAGUAUCAGUAAGAAUGUGUGUUCAACAUACAAGUAUUUUUGUCUAUUUUUCUGGUCAAAAUAAACCAUUUAUU